AUGCUACGACAAACUGUUUUAAAGAAGGCCGAUUUGUUUGCUCAAUCUUUCACGCAGCCAGCCAGGUUUGCUCUUACAAGGUCCUAUCAUGAGAAGGUAAUCGACCACUAUGAACGCCCUCGUAACGUGGGUUCACUUUCGCGAAAUGACCCAAACGUGGGCACCGGUCUUGUAGGAGCGCCAGCUUGUGGUGAUGUAAUGAAGUUACAGAUAAAGGUUGACAACGAAACUGGAAAAAUUAUUGACGUCAAAUUCAAGACGUUCGGGUGUGGUUCCGCCAUCGCUUCAUCUAGCUAUAUGACCGAAAGGGUCAAGGGAAUGUCGAUUGACGAGGCAAGCAAGAUAAAGAAUACUGAAAUUGCUAAAGAAUUGUGUUUGCCACCAGUCAAGUUACAUUGUUCAAUGCUUGCCGAAGAUGCCAUCAAGUCAGCCAUUAAGGAUUAUAAAUCGAAGAGAGCCCCACUAAACUAA